AUGUCUUCCAAAAACCAUAUCGUCACAUUAAAAGAAACCGCAUCCACCGAGGAUGUGAACAGCUUAAAGCUGAAGAUCGCAGAACAAGGAGGAGUGAUUCUUGACGAGUUCUCGUUGAUCAAGGGGUUCUCUGUGAAGUUGACCCAGCCUGUUGCUGAUUUUAUCAAGAACCACCAUCUCGUGAAUUCUAUUGAAGAGGACAAGGAGGUCAAGAUUCAAUGA